AUGGCAGCUUCCGAGGCCGAUGCUUCUCCGGCAAGUCCUCCGGACGAUGAAAAGAGAGCCGCUGUCCACCCUGACACGGCGCUGCUUCUUGCAACCAUGCAGAGCCACCACGAACUGGUCAUGGAGCGGUUGUGCCAACAAGAUGUGCUUCUCAGUCGAGCGGCGCAUGGAAGUGAUGCACCUAGUUCAAGGUCGCGACCUGCGAAAGUGCUCCCAAACACACCAGAGACAAGGAAGCAGACGUCGGCGUCAUUUUCUGACGUUCCACCUUCAGAAGUGAGCCACUCUCCGGCACGUGGCAACGAAGCACCCCUUCGCUCUUACACCGAGGAGGACUCUCAACUACGAGUUGAUGCAGACUGGGUUGAGUCUAUGACAAUGCGGAAGCGAUUCUCAGACCACGUAGGUGACUACGGCACUCCAAGGAGGAGGCUGGGGGGUCCCAGCAUGUCAUGGGCAUCUCUCAUUGUUCAGAAUCCAAGCUUCGACGCAUUCUUCGGCCUUGUCGUCGUGGCCAACUCCAUCUUCAUUGGCAUGGAUAUUCAGUGGGUUCUCGACGAUCAAGGGCCACGGCCUACAAGCUACACGGUUUUCCACUACAGCUUCUCCGUUCUCUUCCUGCUCGAGCUGGCACUGCGACUCGCCGAUAGCCGCGGCCGCUACUACUGUUCCGAGGAUUGGGCCUGGGCUCUCCUGGAUACCGUUAUCGUUGUCUCAUCCCUUUGGGACGUGAUUGUGGAGGUGAUCCAAGAAAUGGUGCAAGACAAUAGCUGGGAGAGCAUCUCCGGGUUGUCGACAUUGAAAGCCAUGCGCAUCGUCCGGCUGACACGGGUGCUGAAGACCGUCCAGUUUGUCCGUAUCUUUCGCUUCGUCAUGGCCCUACGGACGCUGGUUCAAUCGAUUCUGCACACCAUGAAAGCUCUUUUCUGGGCGUUGCUCCUCCUUGGCCUGAUCAUCUAUGUGUUUGCCAUACUCUUUUCACAGGCAGUUUUUGACUACAAGAGUGACCCAGCGAAUCCGGAACUGCCAGCAGACGUCCUCGAUGCAUCGACACGCUAUUUCGGAACUCUUCUUACAAGCAUGAUCGCGCUUUUCAUGAGCAUCACUGGCGGCGUUAGUUGGGAAGAGGUCUUGAAGCCCCUCGGAUACGUCUCAGACUUCUGGAAGGCAUGCUUUAUCUGGUUCAUUGCUUUCUCGUACCUGGCUGUGUUGAACGUGGUUACCGCUGUGUUCUGCCAGUCGGCCAUUGAGUCGGCACAGAGUGAUCACGCCACAUUGAUUCAAAACAUGCUCGACAACAAGGAGCAACAUCUUCAAAAGCUGCGGACGUUGUUUGACAAGAUCGGACACCACGAUGUUGGCGGAAUCACCUUCCCGAUGUUUGAGGAGAAGAUCAGCUCGCAAACGGUUCGCGACUACUUCGAAAUGUUGGGAUUGGACGUGUGGGACCCAUGGGCUUUUUUCAAGCUUUUGGAUUCUGAUGCAGGCGGAGUUGUGGAACUGGAGGAGUUUUUCAUGGGCUGCCUCCGUUUCAGCGGAGCGGCAACGGCUAUGGAAGUCGGCCAGGUCGCCGCAGACCAGAAGUGGCUCAUCAAAAGCCAUGGCCGGUUCCAAAAAUUCGUAGAAGACGAGCUGCAUCGCGCAAGGGCCGAUAUAUCUUGCCUGACGGAUGCGUUUUUGGGGUAUCCCCCGGUCUCUUCGACGAAUCUCUAA